AUGCAUAGGUUUGAUGCCGUCUUACGCAUUCACGCAUGUGUUGCUGACGCCUGUGCGCUCUGGCGCUACCGCCUCCCCAGGAAUAAUUUCACAGUGUAUCUGAUUGUCUAUGCGACCGCAUGGGCAUGGGUGCCUGGCAUUAGCCUAUCAGCGCCCAGCAUCAGUAAUGAGCGUGUGCGUGCACGUUCGGGUGGUGACGUUGACACUGGCCUUUGGACCAAUCGCAACGCACGCACUUCUAUGCCGCGCAUAACUGAAUGCCCAAUUAGAUGGCAGAAACGCGAACUGGGGUUGCGUUUGGCGACACCGGUGAAGAGGGGCAGAGAAGAACGUGGGGCUUUUGGCACCAAUGUCUUUUAA